AUGCCUGAAGAAGCUCCCGGGGAAGCUACAGAAGAAAAAGCUGAAAAGGAAUCCGAAAAACUUUCUGAAAGUUCAACAGAUUCAAAUGCUGCCGAAAAUUUAGACAAUAAGGAAAACAUUAUUGAGUCUACUUUUAAAACUGCUAUUGACAAAGAGGAUACAAAAAGUUGCUCGGAGUGUACAGAGUUUAAAACUUAUAUGAAUAAUAUGAAAAGCGUGUUGGAAGAAGUUAAACAAGAAACAACUACGAAGCAAAAGUAUGCAGAGUUUGAAAUAAAUAUGUUGGGCUAUGAAGAUAAAUAUAGGAAAAUUUUGAAGACGUUAGAAGAGGAAAAAGAAAAGAACAAAAAAAGAGAUGAAGCUUCUAAAAAGACACUGAACUCGAAGAAUGAAGAGAUUGAACACUUGAAAAAACGAGUAAUUUCCUUGUCAAACAGUCAAUCUGAAAAUGAGACAAUGAAGUCUAAAAUCUCAAAACUUACUGAAAGCGAAAAGAAGCUUAAAGAAACUAAUGGAAAAGUGACCAAGUCACGGAAUCAACUUUCAGAGAGAGUUUCUGAACUUGAAGCUCAAUUGAAAAGAGAAGCAGAUACUGCUCAAAAACCAAAGCAAGCGGAUCCUGACUUGUUGAAUAAAGUUGGCAGAUUGAAUGAUCUGCUCACAAGCGAGAAACAAAAUACGCGUGUACUACAAGAAGAAGUAGCAAAAUUCAAAGCUGAAUUAGAAUCAACUAAUAAGACUAUGAAACAAAAACUAGUUCAUGAGAGAAAAACUCUUAUCAAAGAAAAACUGGAACAAGGGAAGGAGAUAACCCGGCUGCUUGAGGCAAAUGCGCAUCUAUCAAUUCAAAAUGAAGAACAAAAGAAUUUGAUUCAAAAUCUUCUUGAUCAACAACAAACAUCUACAUCUAAUGCUGUAGGUGCAUCUAGUUUUGGAUCAGAAACUGGUAGCUACAGAAAACAACUCUGGAAAUAUCAAAAAUUAAAAGAUUCAUAUAGAAAUGGUGUUCAAAAAAAGAAGCUGAAAAUAUGGUUCAUGAACUGAUCGCUCUGACCAGGACUGCUAAAAUCCAACGAUUCGCAUUGUUGGAGCUUGAGAACUACAAAACCAACAUAGACAAUUACUUGGAAACAGUUGAAACGAAUAUUCAAAAAGUUAAAAGAAACUCACUGGAUCUCGAACCACUUCCUGAGGAACCAAAAAUUUCCGAUAAAUUUAUGAGAUUGUACUUGAAUGAAAAGGAGAAACAACCAUCCACAUCUUCAAAAGCCAAGUUUCCAGACAAACCUGGAAUAUUAGUUGGAAAUUUCAGAAAGUCUCCAGGAAAAAAUAAUACGGUCACAGUUUCUGCUCCCAGCUCCGAGUUGGACGACACUGAAUGUGCAAUUUGUUUGGAAGAGAUGUACAAUUUCAAAGAGACGAUAAAAUGUGAAUGUAGACGGCGUUUCCAUUCAAAAUGUGCAACAAAAUGGCUCAACGAAAAAAGAGAAUGUCCAACAUGUAGAAAAUUGAUGUUGAACCCCAGCGACUAUCCACCAUUGAAAUGA